GAAAGGCGAUAGCCAAUUUAAGAAAUUUCAAACACUUACUUGUGUUUUCUAAUUUAUUUUUCAUUAUUAUAGUGUAGGAAAAAUCCAUAUAAUCAUCGUGGAAUAUCAAAUACAGAAAGAAAAACAUGAAGAACUAUGAGGUUUUUUAGACAAAACAUCAUUGAUUAUUUUCCUUGUUUAAAAAGAACACUACGAUAGCAAAAUCGUAUGUUGUUUGAAAACUAAAUUAAAUACAUGAAAGGAAAAAUAAAAUAAUUAGUUUGCAAAAAUUAUAAGAAGUGUUCCAGCGUGCGAGGUCUGUGAAUCACAUUCACACGCUUGAGCAGUUAGUGGCGGUUAGAACGGUAAAUAAAGAGAUGGAGUUAAGUUAACAACUAAUCACGCUGAAAAGGCAAGACACAGAAUCAAACUGUACUACUCCAUUUCGUAUCGUAUAGAUACAUUAACGACCGUCUUAACGUCUCUUUUUCGUGUCUGUUUUUUUUUCCUCUCGUUUUUUUCUUUUUUCACCUCUCUAUAUUCUAUAAGAAGGCCAAUAUAUCUCCAAGCUCGUACAUUCACUGUCUUUGAACUCUCACUCCUCUGCUCUAAUUCUCUCGAACCAUAAUAAACACUCUGCUCAGCUUCUGCCUCAAUGGUGGUUCUUCCGACAUGGAUUUUAGCUAUGAUAUGUCUACUCUUCUUCGUGGGAGCAAUGGACAACAGUACACACGACAAGAUCUCAUCUCUAUCCAGAUCGGUCGAAAUCGAAUGGAACAAGCAUGCAGUGACGAAUCCGGAUGAAGUAGCUGACGAAGUUAUCGCCUUGGCUGAAAUGAGUGUAAGAAACCAUACCGAGAGGAGGAAGCUAGGUUACUUUACUUGCGGAACAGGCAACCCAAUCGACGAUUGCUGGCGAUGCGAUCGCAACUGGCACAAGAACCGCAAACGCCUAGCGGACUGUGGUAUCGGAUUUGGAAGAAACGCGAUUGGCGGUCGCGACGGGCGUUUCUACGUAGUCACUGACCCAAGAGACGACAACCCGGUUAACCCUAGACCGGGAACAUUACGUCACGCCGUGACCCAAGACCGACCACUAUGGAUCGUCUUUAAACGUGACAUGGUGAUUCAGUUAAAACAAGAGCUAAUCGUUAACAGCUUCAAAACGAUCGACGGACGCGGCGCAAACGUUCACAUCGCUAACGGCGGUUGCAUCACGAUUCAGUACGUGACGAACGUCAUCGUGCAUGGAUUGCAUAUUCAUGAUUGUAGACCGACGGGUAACGCUAUGGUUAGAAGCUCAGAGACGCACUUUGGGUGGAGAACGAUGGCUGAUGGUGAUGCCAUUUCCAUCUUUGGUUCGAGUCAUGUUUGGAUUGAUCACAACUCGUUGUCUCAUUGCGCUGAUGGGCUUGUGGAUGCUAUCAUGGGCUCCACCGCGAUUACGAUCUCUAACAACCACAUGACUCACCACAACGAGGUUAUGUUGCUCGGACAUAGUGAUUCUUACACGAGGGACAAGGCUAUGCAAGUUACCAUUGCUUAUAACCAUUUUGGAGUCGGACUUAUUCAAAGAAUGCCAAGGUGUCGGCAUGGGUACUUCCAUGUCGUGAACAACGACUAUACUCACUGGGAAAUGUAUGCGAUCGGUGGAAGUGCAAACCCAACAAUCAACAGUCAAGGAAACCGCUACGCCGCCCCGAAAAAUCCUUUUGCUAAAGAGGUAACGAAGAGAGUGAACACACCUACGGGUCAUUGGAAAGGAUGGAACUGGAGAACCGAAGGAGAUUUGCUUCAGAACGGAGCUUACUUCACUGCUUCAGGAGUCGCUGCAUCUGGUAGCUACGCACGUGCCUCUAGCCUCGCCGCUAAAUCUUCUUCAUUGGUCGAUACAAUUACUUCUGACGCCGGAGCUCUACCAUGUCGCCGAGGACGUCAAUGUACCUCAUAGUUGUUUUUAACCUCCUACCGACACCAUAACCACCAAAAUUCAUAACCAUUUUCUAUUAUAUUUAGACAAAAGUGUACAUUCUCACACAUUUGUCAAUUAAAAGCCUAUUGCCUCUUCUUUUUUUCGUCUGUGUUUGUGUCAAUUUUUCUCAACCUCGGGUUUUCUUGCUUCAACCGCAAGUUAACACAAGAAAAGGAAAUAAAAAAACUUUUCAUGUAAAAGAGAAACUCCCGAAGUGUUGUUGGUUCUGUCUGAUCAACUCGUAUACCCAGAAAAAAAAAACAAGAAUGUUAAUGUCUUGUUUUUUCUUUUGUGUGUUCUUCUGGUUUAUAAUUAAAUAUAAUGUCUAAUGAUUUGUGAAUC